AUGCCGGGUGCCAACGUUUGGGCUGUUCUGUUCUUCCUCACGCUGGCUGUCCUUGGCCUCAGCUCCGCUUUUGCUCUCAGCGAAUCUCUUGUCACGCUCAUCUGCGAUUGUGGAUUAGGUCGCAAGUUCUCUCGAGUACUGAUUGCCACUGUCAUCAUUCUCCUUUCCUUCCUCCUCUCCCUUAUCCAUUGUACCAAAUUCGGCUUCUACCUCCUCGACGCUAUCGACACAUGGAUUAACAACCUGUCACUUAUUUUUGUGGUCUGGUGCGAGUGUGUAGGUGCUACGACCCUCUAUCGCUAUAAGGAUGUCGUUGGGCAGAUUGGUUGGACCGGUUACCUAGUCUACAACACCGGUUACAUUUUAUCUAUAGUUCUUGGUGUAGCAAUAGGCCAUGCCGUGAGCCCUGCGGCUGGUGCAGGUGUUGGAUUCGGCAUCUUCAUUGCAUCCAAUAUCCUCGCCAUCAUUCUUUCCAAGUCGCCCGACUCUAGACUUCCCGGAUUCUUUGGCAAAAACAAUGCAUUGUCCAAGAUGCGGUGGUUCUCAUUCUACUCUUUCAACCAGCUCCGCCGCGAUCUCGACAUCGCCGUUGCGGCCCCAAUUUUGGCAAUCAUCGUUUCUUUAGCCUUCCCGUUAUUCUACACCAAGCGAAACGACCCGCUGCACAUUUUCGCCUUUGCGUCCGCUUGUGGCGUUAUGUGCAUUGUUGCCGCUGGCUUCAUCCUCCCGCGAUGGUUUGACGUCUUCGUUCCUCCCGAGAAACUCCAUCUUAGUGAUACUUUCUAUGCCCCUCAAGUAGUUAUGGCUCCUCUCGAGGUUCACCGCGACGAGGUUAUUGAGCACGGAGAACAUGCUGGAGAGGGAGAUACUCAGCCUUACCCAACGAAGAAGACAGAGGCUCAGAGCUUCUAA